GCUCUUUGCAAUCUGGUGCAAACAUUGGUAGACUCAUAGGAUAGCAGAAAGAGAAUGAACACGAUUUUAACCUGGUUCUGACCAGCUGCAGUUUUUCAUCAAUAACUGGUUAUCUUGUGUUUGUAUAAAAUACUUUAUAUGUGAUGUAUGCGUAAGACAAUACCAGUUGCGUGUGCGGCGCACAAAAGAGGUUACUGUACCCACUCCGCCAAAAUAAAAUAAUCAUCUUUAUAGCGUCGCAACAUCUCCGAGCCGCGGGUCAAGGUCACUAAUAAAAGUGGAGCAUACCUCGUGGCGCGAGCUACUGGGAAAUGCUAAUAACAAAAGCGCGCUUCAUUUUUCUUUUAGACGGCAGCAACGAAAUAUUGCAGCAAGCAAGACCUGGUUAUCGCAUUGAGCCUUUCCGCACGCGGAAGCUUAGAUUAAAAACAAAAAAAAAGUAAUUGCCGAUACCGCUACGUGGGCACACACGAGCACAAGCUGAUCGGCGCCGACUGUGUUUCGGCGGGCAGCGUUGUGCACAGACACACGCACGCGUGAAAACGAGCACCUCUUAAAUCGCCAAGCACGGGCUCAGAAAGUCGUGUUCCGGGAAGAGCCGCUUCCUUCCGGAAAGGCGUCGUUGUUUUCGAUUUGAGUUGCGUAGGCGAGGGCGGAGUACAUGGCGAGACGCGCAGCCGCAGCGCCCUGUGGUGAGCAUCAGCGGAAGAAAAACGUAAACAGACGUGGAAGCGAGCGGUCGUGCGGCCCAGCCAGCGCCGUGAUUUCCUCAGAAAAAAGGAGAGGCAGGAUCGUUAAAACGCAGCGUUGACGUGUCCAGCCGAGGGAUCACCGGACCGAGAAACCUGGCUCACGAGGCUGCGGAGAGACAAGCUCUAGGUGGUUGAAUAUGGGACCAGACUGACUGAAGCCAUGUCGACAAAGAUGAAAGACUCAUCGCGGGGAAGCGGGGUGGUCUCCCUGGCCGAGCAGGCCAUGGACAUACAGAAGACGGGGUACCUGAGAAAGCUGAAGACAAUGAAGAAGAAGUUCUUUGUCAUGCGGAAGGAGUCGGAGGCGGGACCCGCCCGUCUCGAGUGCUAUGACAGUGAGAAGAAGUGGAAGGCCGGAGUGUUACCCAAGCGCACAGUAGUGCUCCGGUCCUGUUUCAAUAUCAACCGUCGUGCCGAUGCCAAGCAGCGGCAUGUCCUGGCACUGUACACCCGGGAUGACUCCUUUGCGCUGGUGGCUGAAAAUGAAGCUGAGCUGGAUGAGUGGCUCACAGAGAUGCUCCGACUACAGCACGGUUCAAGCGAUGUUGAUGGUGAUGCCAGGCCCAAGCCCCUCUUCGAACAUGUCUGGCAAGUGAAUGUGAAGACGAAGGGCCUGGGUAGCAGUCGCAACAUCACUGGCCCCCAUCGACUCUGCUUGACGGCCAGUGCCCUCACAUUGGUCAAGAUGCACACGGACGAGGAGAACCCAGAGGCACUCGAGUUUCCUCUGAUGAGCAUACGGCGCUGUGGCCACUCCGACUGCUUCUUCUUCAUGGAACUUGGCCGUUCCUCGGUCACCGGCUCUGGAGAGCUGUGGAUGCAGACGGAAGACACGGUCAUCGCUCAGAACAUGCACGAGACCAUUCUGGGAGCGAUGAAGACCUCGCGAAACAAGGAAGAGCUCGGCCCCUUCACGCGCCCCCGAAGCUCGUCGACAAGCGAGAACAGCAAGCCCAUCACUCACAAGCGGCCCGCGCACGCCGUGGCCCCGACAACGCACGCUUCCACAAGCUGCCGGGACCGGUGCGACUCCAUGCCCACAUCCCGCAGCCGCAACAGCAGCGAGUCCCAUGGCGAGAGCAGUGGGCUCUCUUGGACCCACACCGCUGAGUCGACGGCCAGGCCCCAUAGCUCUUACGGGAGGACCUAUUCGGUCUCCCCACCGUCUAACAACCCCAUCACGGUCGGCUCAUUUGACAGCACAAGCAGCGUGCUGUCAGCGGAUGAAACAGAUGGACAAGCCGAAUACUUCAACCGGUACAGCCACUCACUGCCAAUGGACAUCAUGGCUGGACCCAAGGAGCCAACCAUCAAGGAGGAGGCUGCUGUUGACGAAUACUUGAUGAUGUCGUCACCAGUGGGCAGCAGUAAAAGUUCCCACUACUCUCGCCCGACAACUCUUGUCAGCAACCUCUGCGCGCAUCAACAGGCGAAUGUGUCUGAGUCCAAUGACUACCUGAAGAUGUCCAUGUCUCCAGCAUCUAACGUACCUGAAGGAAAUGGAGAUGGCUACAUUCCGAUGAGCCCUGUCGGGUCGAUGAGCUUGAGCAGCUCCCUGGAGAAGGCUGCGGCGCCAUCGUCGUCGGCCGACACGGGCUACCUGUCCAUGGAGCCGCAGGGAGGUGCGGCAGGCAGCUGCACCACCAUGCGGCCCGUGAGCCACGCGACCUGUUCCUCUCCGACGGUGGUGCACGCAGGCUUCCCCACCACAGUUCUGUCCGUGCCUCCGUCCGAGUACCUGGACAUGGCUCCGCUGUCUUCGUCGCUACCCAAGUCUGUUGGAGAGAGCUGCACUGACUUCAGCGGCAGCUGGUGCUCGGCUCAUAGCCUUCAAGACGUGCCAAGUUCUUCUUCUCCACUUUCAGCUAGCCUAGAGGGUUUUCAUUUGGACAAGGUCAAGUCCUACUUUUCUCCAUCAGAAGAUGAUUCCGAAGCAUUCAUCAAGCCUGUGCGGGCUUACUCCAUCGGCAGUAGGCAGCAGGUCAAGAAGACCUCGUUUGCAGGCCACCUAGAGCAAUCUCGUGUCCGCGCGUAUUCAGUGGGAAGCCAGGUAGCUCCAACUGCCUUGCGGCGUCGCAUGAAGAAAGACACCGACACCGACGUGAAUGCCACGCAGCGAUUGGAGGGUCAGAAGUCGUCCAGUGUGCCCACUCUGCAAGAGGACGCCUCCCACCAGGCACCGCGGGCACUCAACUACAAUGAGGACCUCAUGGAGAUCAACUACGACCGCAGUGACCUCGGUCAGGGCAGUAGUACCAUCUCCAUGACGGAUAAGAGCAGCGUCCUGCCUCCUACCAGCACAAAACAAUCCGAAGGGUCCGAGGUGGUCAGAAAGCUAAGCACUGCUAGCACUCCAAGCACCACCAAGACGUUUGACGACUACAUGCUGAUGACUGGCUCAGAGUCUAGUGCCGGUGUGGGCAGUAGCGCCUACCAGCACCCACUCACUAGUCCCACCAGUUCAGACCAACCAGAGAGGAAGGUGAGCAUCUCUUCGAGCAGCAGGCAGCGGAAAGAAGACCUGGGUAAAGAGAACCAUCCUGGUGGUCGGAGCAGCAGCUACGCUGGUAUUGUACGGAGGAGCUCUACCACACAGCAGGCCCUCAGGGAGGACAACGCCGUGCCUGUGACCAGUCUGCCACCAUCAAAUGGUGUGAACCAGUCUAAGACUGAUAACGACUACGUGGCUACGGAGAUGACCAAGAAAGGUGUGGCAUUUCUCAGCACAUCAAACGGCACAGUUUCCAAGGGAAAGUCUGGUUUGUCUUACCACAUGGGAGUGCCUCCGGUGACUACUGCGUCGCUGCGUCCUGCUUCACCCGAGAGCCAGCAGCUGGGAGAAUACGUCAACCUGGACCUGAGCAAGACCAUGAAGUGGACACAGCCCGUGAAGAUGCCAGUGUCCAGCGGGGACACAACACCAACGACAUCCAGUGCCAAUGGAUCCUCUUCGUGGAGCAGCGGCCCAAAGCUGCCAUCUGAGAGCUCCGGCAGCUUUGCCAGGGCAGCGCCACUUGCUGUUGCAGAGUCAUCGUACGUGCAGCUACGAGGUCUCGCAGACCCAUCUGUCGGUGCGGCACCCCAGCAGGUGCCGCCUGAGGCCAACUAUGAGAACAUUUCUCUCAAAGGAGGCGCCGCCGAGGCGCCUGCUGAACGAGUGCUCAAUUACGCGUCGCUGGAUCUUGCGCCACCCAGCGGUGAAGAUGGAACGCCGGGUGCCGUACAGCGCUCUCCACGUGCCGCUGCCAGCACCCCUGUGGACCCGGACACCGAGGAAGGGCCCACUUUUUCCUAUGCGGAAAUAGACUUCACCAAAUCUGAGGGACUGCGCAAUGUUUCUGGUUACCGUUCGUGAAGGCCACCUUUUGUAGUCAGUCUUACCCUGUCCUGCUAUGUUUCUUUAUUUUUUUCCCUCUCUCAUUUUUUUUCUUGGACUCACUAGUCAAGUACUGGAGCUUCUAGGUUAUGUUCAGGGCAGCCUGUCACUUGGGGUUUAGGUGGUACAGAAAGGGAACUCUGCAGUGACACCCAGUGGGACUGGUCCACUUCCUUGGUGGGGAGGUGACUUGUGUGCAUCGCAUGCAUUGCUGCCUGCUCAUAACAUGCUGCUAUACUGUAAACAGUGCGUGGUUGACUCUUAUGUUUGUUCAGAGUGUAAUGUAAAUUGAGAAUGUGUGCAAGUGUGUGUGUGCGUGUGUUGCUCUUGGUCGUUGGUCUUGGUCGCAGUAGUGUGGACUCCCCAUUUUCAUUUUGACCCGAGUAGCUAUGUGCGUGUACAGGAGUGCAUUUUGUGAAUUAUUCCGGGUAGCAAGCACCAAAUCUGCGGCACGCUAUGACGUGUAUAGAGAUGCUGCUCGAAUAUCACUGACUACAGGCGUUAUUGGUUCUGUAUGUAUGUACUGUGUGUAUAUGUGCAUAUCCACCUUAGGUGUCCGAGCUUUAAAAAUAAUGUGGGUGUGUUCUAUAUAUAUAUGGGUAUGUACAUUUGUUCUUUGUUUUUUUGUGAUCUAUACCUGUUGUAUAUGAAGUGGCAUUCAUUGCACGGGAGAGUGAAAUAGGAACACCAGGCCUUGAGAAGUGGCCAGAGAUGUCAGGCUUGAGCUGUUGGUGGUGUGGCCCCCUUUCUUUUCCCUCCUUUAUUACAUUCUUUUGUUUUCCUUUCUAAACUCUAAAACAAUAAACAAAAGAUGUGUCUUGGUUACACUGUUGAAAUUGAUACUUAGGGGAAGUGAAAAAGGCCAGGAUAUUGGAACACCUUGUUGGAGAGGUGCAAAACUCGUGUUUUUGCACAUUUUUAAGCUUUGUCUUUUUGUUACAGGAGCUGUGAUCCCUUGCUUUCUCACUGAAUAGUGGAAGUAGGAAAUUGGCGAAAGUGUCAAAAUCAUCACUUAAUGGGGAAGGCGUGGCAUCACCAAAUAGUCGCAUCCAUAAUCUUAAGUGCUCUUGUUGGCGUGAGGGACGGAAAUGUUACGGCAGCCAUUUUUUCUGUCCAGUGCCUAAUUGACGCACUUGUCACAUUACAUUGACAUUUAACGUUUAAAGGUCUUGUCAUUGAAAGAAAAAAAGAAAAAGCCACUGGUGUUCUCUCUUGGGAAAAGCGCCGUUUAAAACAGCUUUGAAAGUGCCUGCAACUUUUGAUGUGGCAUUCCCGUUUCCCGGUCUACGCUGGCGAUCGGUUAAAAAUGCUUAAGUUAGUUUCGCUUCAUUGCACCUUCACUUGGAUGUAGAGGUGUUCACUGUUGUGCUCGUAAUUAUUCCCCCCCCCCCCCUUACAUGCUGUCGGUACCCGUGCUCUUUGGAUGAAUUUGUGGCCACAUCUGACGUAUUCACUUUCGCUAUGUUGGAAUGUUUGCUCCCUCGUUUUGAUAUGUUCUUGUUUGUUUGUGUUCCUCAAUGUAACGCAGACUAGGAUUUGCAGGAAGGUUUAGUCAAUGGUCACAAGAGGGCGCCAGGAGAUGAUGUCCCUUGCCACAGCGUACAGGACAGGCACCACGUGCAACUCCGCACCUCUCCUUGACGCUUAUUAGCUUUGUUUCUUUCGCAUCCUUAAAGGAUUGCCGUGAGCUCCCUGGCGGAGCAGCGUCCUUUGCUUGUUUUUUUUCUUCCUGUGGCCGCAUUUUGCAUUGGGUUUAAUGUAAGGAUUGUGAAUUCAAUUUUCAUAAUUCGGUUCUCACCCUCAUUGUUGUAUCCAAUUUUCGGAAUUUGGUUCUCACCCACAUUGUUGCUUGCUGUUGCAGGUGUUGUUAAAUGUAUUCUGGUGCUUACACACUUACACGGACACACUAAGAAAAUAAAAUAAACUAUAUGGCUGCGGUGCUUCUUCGAAGACACAACUCUAUUUUGUUGCCCGGACUUCUCAGCGACAGUCAGUUGCCUAAGGUUAAAAAAAAAAGACAAAACCCUGCCUUGGAGCUAAAAGUGGACUUCAAGCUACCAAGCUACCUAGCCUGAAAGUUUCAAAGAUGUACAUAACUGUGACGUGGGCCGUGUGUCUCCCUUGUCCGUGCACCAGUGACUGGCGUGUUGUAAAAGGAAAGCGUUGUGAAUGCUUGCAAGUUUCCGUGGAAGAGUCGUCAGUCAAGAGGCGUCCCUUCAUCAGUCAAGACCUAGGCAGGCCUCAAGCUGCCACUCUCGUGUCGACGGCGAUGGCAUGUGCGCGGCCAUUCGAGAAGCAUCUUUCAACCACUCAUUCGUGCUUGCUAAAUCAGAAAUCUUAUAUAAAGUGUUGGUUUUUGUCAAGCCAUUGUGUGGUAAUUUAUAUGCAAGUGCCGCCGCGUUGAAAGAUAUCCCGUGUAGUAGUUGAGCGUUGUGUACCAAGCGUCUGGCAUUGGCAAUCCAUUCGACACGUCAAGAAAAAAAUGCAGCUCGACUGACACUGCGGUGUCAGGCUGUCUGCCACAUGCGCGAAAAUGUAGCGUAUAAGAAUUGGCUUGUGGAUUUGAACCAUUUGAGCCAUUUGAACUGGCAUAAGAAUGCACUCUCAAAGAAAGGGUGUGCUAGCGAUGCUCGCGGCGAAGUGGCAAGCUGGAAUGUGACCAAUUGUGACAGUGCCUCACCAGAGGCUUUUAUUGUUAUGUUGUUUGUUUUUCUUGCACGCAAAAUUCUUCACAAUAUCCCCGAUGUCCGUGCCUUUCAAGCAUGUUUCAGCUUGCCAAAUAGCCUGCAGCGCUGCCAUCUCGUCACGAGUUGACCCCGGCGCCUUGUUUGGCGAGUGUCGAAGGUAAUGCCUACGUGUGUUGCAGAGGUACCAAGGGAGUUGACCUCUGAUGGAUACUUUAUUUAUGUACAAAUGAAUGGCCUUUAGCAUUUACAAUGUGAACAAACCAAACCCCCCACCCCACCCCCAGGCAUCGGUGCAUUGCAGCUUGUGGCACAUCGUAGCCUAUGGUUUGAAGGUGUGUGUGUGUGCUUGACAUCUAUGCGAUUGUUGUCAUUGGACGGGAGCUGCUCCUUUCUGUUGCUCUAGCCAAAUAAAAGCUCUUUGAAUGUGCA